AUGUCAACCGUCCUCCAAAAAUUUAGAAAGAUCUCAAGCGAAAUAGGAUCAAUAACCCACAAGGAAGAAAAAGAUGGUAGGACUGAAGAUGACACAGUGGUAUCAAGAUCUCUUUUAAAAUACUUCCGCACAAACGGUUUACAACCCCCGGAAUGGUUACAUGCAUCUGCCGGAAGCGAAUCUGCAUCAAUGUCAUACGGAUCACGAGUUUCAUCUCUUAAGCCUAGAAUUCGUGCAUCCGCAUCUUCCCCAGUUAUUCCCCAACCCCAGGCAAGGAGAGGAAUGCCUCCUGCAUCAGCACCUUCCAUCAACUCAAGACCCAGAUUGAUGUCGAGAUUCAGCACCUCCUCUGACUUGUCGAAAGUGGGGGGCAGAAGUACUACAAAACUUUCCCGUUUCGGUACCAUGAGUGCUCACGGUGCCUCUAGAAAUAGAUUCACCGUUAGGAAAAACGACUGA